GACAGAAGUCAAAAGACAUCGAGGGACUGGAUUUUGUCAUGUUUGAUUUAUUUGUUAAAGUCAACAAAUUUAAAUGCGUGGCGUGAUUUUCUCUCUACUAACAUCAGUUUCCGACAACCUUUCUUUGUCACGAGUGACUGAUAUGUGGAACCAAAAGCGAUGUAGGUAAUAUGUGAACUAUCUGAGGACAAUAUGGCUGUAUUGGUGUGUCUGCUGGCAGGGUUACUUCCCCUGAGCUGGGUACAGGCUGAAGCACAGUGGGACCCUCAUGGAUACAUCAUUUACUGUCCGUGUAUGGGUAGAUUUGGGAAUCAGGCUGAGCAUUUUCUUGGGGCUUUAGGGUUUGCCAAAAGCGUGGAUAGGACAUUGAUCCUUCCUCCAUGGAGGACAUAUAAAAACAUCCCUUUUGAUGAGUGGUUUCAAGUUGAUCCUCUGAAGGAAUACCACCGUGUGAUUCUGGCUGAGGAUUUCAUGAGGGAGUUUGCCCCAGAGCACUGGCCCCCUGGGGAGAGGAAAGGCUGGUGCUACUCUCACUCCGGCGAUACAUCUAAUUGUGAUAUGAAGAUAGGAAAUCCAUUUGAACCUUUUUGGACUGAGUUAGGAGUGGAUUUUGAUGAUUAUGUGCUGUUCAACAUUGGCUUUGAUAACAUGUAUGCAAACGCAUGGAAGGAAAGGUUUCCACCAGAGAAGUACCCAGUAAUGGCGUUUAAAGGAGCACCUGCCAGUUUCCCUGUCAAGGAACACCACAUCGCAUUACAUCAUUACCUUCACUGGUCUGAGGCCAUACAGGGGGAGGCUAGUCAGGUCAUCGAAAAACACCUGAAUAAUCAACCAUUUGUGGGCAUACACCUGAGAAAUGGUAUCGAUUGGGUGAACGCAUGUCAGCAUGUAGAGGGAAUGACUGAGUUCAUGGCCUCCCCUCAGUGUCUGGGGUACAGCAGAGAGAAGACAGUCAUCCCUGAGCUGUGUCUUCCCUCCACACAGGAAAUCCUCAGGCUGACCAGGAAAGUGGUUAUGGCCACAGGUGUAAAAUUUGUGUUUGUGGCCACAGAUCGACAUCCAUUGACUGCUGAGCUAGAGAGUCAUUUACAAGACCAAAAGGUAAAGGUGUUCCACCUGGAUCCCUGGUUACCACAGAUAGACCUAGCUAUUCUCGGCCAAUCCAUGCACUUCAUAGGUAAUUGUGUGUCUUCCUUCACCUCAUUUGUGGCCAGAGAGAGACUGCGUGAAGGGAAGCCCACAUCCUAUUGGACCUUUACAGAAUGAAGUUCUUAAACAUUCAUAAAAGAGACUCCAACCAAUGGCGUUGCAGUACACUCUUUCCAGAUAAUAUCGUCCAUGUCAGUCAUCGUUGUUCAUCAUAAAACUGAUACUAGUCAUUUUGCUGGUUUUUUUUCAUCAAAAAGUGUAUACUGAAGAUUAUGAAAUUAUGAAUGAAAUAUCAAGUAGACUUGCAUGUGAAUUUUGAGUGUUAAAGGAAAAGAUCUGGUUUUGGAAAUCUAAAAUCACCAUCAUGAAAUUCCUUUCGAUAUUUUUUAACUAUUUUACAAUUCAGUACACAUUUUUGAGCAAUGUCUUCCCUGGUUUGAGCACUGGCCUUUCUGAGUUGAAUACGUCCACCUGUAUGUAUGCAUUGACGAGCUAAACCUACCUGCUUCCACCAAAUUAAGUUUCCAUCCCAGUGACUCGAGCAGUGCUGGAAUUGAGCAAGCUGAUUUGAGACCUGUUUUGACAUGGUGAUGUGACAUUUUAUUGAAUCAGAUUAAUUGA